UUUCCAAGCUUUCUCGCCCGACGCCAUGCCGAUGUGGAUCUUCCCAGCUUCCUCUCCUCUCCCUGCUUCCUUACCCUAGCGGCGCAGUCCCAAAAUCGCAACCUAUCAUCGCCUCUGUCAUCAUAUUAUUUUUUCCAUCUUAAGCUCUUUUUGAUCUGUGGUUAUCUCAGCUUCCCCUUAUUACACCGUCCAGUACUAUCUCCUAUCUGUAUCGUCUCGUCCUCUCAUCUACAGCUUCCGCCGGUAACUUAAAUCUCCUUUGAGUUAUCUGUCAUUGUAUGAUAAAGUCAUGGAGUUUGAAGCAGCAACUGAUGUUGAAAAAUUAUUUCAUCAAACCCCUCCGCUCGAGCAAAUAGAUCCAAGGAAAGCGAGGUUCCCCUGCUGCAUCGUGUGGACGCCGCUGCCCCUCGUCUCAUGGUUCCUGCCGUUCAUCGGCCAUAUUGGCAUCGGUCGAGAGGAUGGUGUGAUCCUGGAUUUUGCCGGGCCUCAUUUUGUCAGUGUGGAUCAUUUUAAUUUCGGCUCGGUGGCUCGAUACAUCCAAUUAAGCAGGGAUGAGGACCUUCAUUUGGGGAGGAUGAUUAGAACUACUAAGAAGUGUUCCCUCUCUCCCAAAAACGAAGCCUUGGAAAGCAAUGAGAUGAUCACCUGGGACUCAGCUCUCAGAAACAGCACGCAUGAUUUCCAGCACAGAUCUUACAGCCUUCUCACCUGCAACUGCCACUGCUUCGUCGCCAACUGCCUGAAUCGCCUGUGCUACGCCGGACACAGAAGAUGGAAUGUCGUGAAUCUAGCAGCUCUGAUCUUCUUCAGAGGAAUCUGGGUCGAUAGAAUCGCUGUGCUGAAGUCCUUCCUGCCUCCCGUAUCUGUGCUCGGAUUAGGGUUUCUGUUGGGCGGCACGAAUUUCCUCGCAGUUAUCGGUGGGUUUGGGCUCGCGCUCGUUGGUUGGUUCCUUGUUGGAACAUAUUGUUUCAGGAAUCUUGUGCGGUUGUGAUGUAUGCGGUUAUUAGAUGGAAGUUUUGUAUAUAUACCAUUUAAUUGUUAUGUAUUUGCACAUUUGACAUAUAUACUUCAAUUUUUUACUUAGUAUAUGUAUCCCUCU